AUGUCUGAACCCGAACGGCAGCCAUCUGCGUCGGAACCGUUCUUCGACGAUGACGACGACGACGACGACGAUGACAACUCUCAACGGCCCGAGGCGGAACCGUCGAAGGACGGCGAGGACGGUGACGCCGCCGCCCACUGGCCCGCGCUACCUGCAGAACUGUUAGCCGAGGUGCAGGCCGCAUUCGCCAUGUUCAGCGACGGCAGCGGCCGGAUGAACGUCAGGAACCUGUACAUGGCGCUGCGAGCGGUCGGCGUGGACGCGACCGACGAAGACGUCAUCACCGUGGUCGACGAAUACGACCCGACCGGCCGCGGGUACAUCACCGGAAAUCAGUGGGCGGCGUCCGUGGCGCGCCGAUGGGCCGAAGACGGGGCCCGGCGUCGGCGGUUCCGCGCCAUGCUUGCGGCCGGCGACCCGAAGUCCACCGGACAGGUGACGGUCGACCACGUGCUCACCGUGCUCAAAGAGUUCCACCCAAACUUGUUGACAGACGUGGACGCGAACGAGAUGGUGGCGGAGAUGGACCCUGCCGGCUCGGGACUGGUCGACUACGACCAGUUCAUGGACACCAUGGUCCGGCCGGCCCCGCUUGACGCAGCAAUGUAUAAUUCUUAG